ACUCUUCCGGUGAAAAAAUAAAACAAUCCCUCUCUCCCGAUUGGUCGAAUUUAAAAAAUAAAACCGGGACAGUUUGGGUUGAAGAAGGAUUUUUGAUGCGAUCAAUAUUUUGGGAAUCCGUUCUCUCACGAUGAUGGAAUCGUGUUUUUACAACAAAUUGGAAAGCGUGGAGCGGGAAGUUAACUUCGACGACUUGAAGAAAAACUUAUUUUCUGAGUUUAAUUCCAUAGACUCCCAGGAGUCUUGCCUGGAAGAGCAUGAACACUUGCAGGUGUACCUUCGCAUUCGACCAUUCACAACAACUGAGAGUGAAAAUGGCGAAUCGCAGGACUGCGUUUCCAUCGAGCUCCCGGACACGGUCCUCCUUAAGGCUCCAAGGACUUCGCUCUCAGCACGGCUCCGUGACAAAUCGGCUCAACGGUUUCAAUUCUCACAGGUCUUAGGGCCAGAAACCACUCAGAGGGAGAUGUUUGACAGCACAGUGAGAGGCCUCGUCAAGGAGGUUCUGGAAGGUGGAAAUUCUCUCGUUUUCACGUAUGGAGUGACCAAUGCGGGAAAGACAUUCACUUUUCUAGGUCCAGAGGCCAAUGGAGGGAUCCUCCCCAGGUCUUUGAAUGUCAUCUUCAACAGCAUUGAGGGGCGUGUUUACGACCAGAUGACUAUCAAGCCACAGCGAUGCAGAGAGUUCAUCAGGCUCACCAAAGACCAGCAGAGUGAAGAGGCCACUAACAAGAGAAAUCUCUUCAGGCUCCUCAAGGAGAGUGAUAACCAGAAAAGCUUCACCAACAAGACAACCCUGGAAGGGUCCACACUGAGUGACAUCGAGGGGACUGUGACGGAACAACGUUUCAGUCUGGUUGUUGAAGCACACACCAAGUUCUCCGUCUGGGUGUCCUUCUGCGAAAUCUACAACGAGAACAUUCACGACCUGCUGGAGCCCGUUCCGAUCGGAGCCCAGAAGAGAACCACGCUGCGGCUGUCGCAGGAUGUCAAAGGCAACUCCUUUGUAAAAGAUCUGAAGUGGGUACAAGUGAACAAUGCGGAGGAAGCCUACAAGGUAAUGAAGCUAGGGAAGAAGAAUCAGAGCUUCUCCAGCACAAAGCUCAACCUCCUCUCGAGCCGGAGCCACAGCAUAUUUUCUGUUCGUAUCCUGCGGAUGGAAGAUGCUAGGAUUCCUCGUGUUAACUCUAUCAGCGAGCUGUCCUUGUGUGACCUGGCUGGGUCUGAGAGGUGCGCUAAAACUCAGAAUAAAGGGGAGCGUUUGAAAGAGGCUGGAAACAUCAACACUUCCCUGAUGACACUGGGCAAGUGCAUCAACACGUUACGGCAAAGCCAGCAAUCCAAGCUACCACAGCACGUCCCCUUUAGGGAGAGCAAGCUGACCCACUACCUACAGGGCUUCUUCUGUGGCCGGGGCAAAGCCUGCAUGAUAGUCAACAUCAACCAGUGUGCCUCCAUGUACGACGAGACGCUCAACGUGCUCAAGUUCUCCGCCGUGGCUCAGAAGGUGGUGGUGCUGACCACCAAGACCGUCCCCCACCUCGCCACCAAGAGGUCGGCCCGGGAACUGUCCAUGAUCAUCAACAACGCAGACAGGAAGUACCUGUUGGGUCAGAAGAGAAGGAGCUCCCUGGUUGGCUGGGAGACCAGUCUGGAGGACGUGCAGGAGCAUGACGACACUGAAGAGAGCGUGAUGGAGACCAUGCAGGAAGUAGAUGAUGAAAAGGUUCUCAUCAAUAAAGACACUUAUGAGAGCCAGCUCCUCCAGUUGACGGAGCUCUGGGAACAGCUCCAGAAAGAGAGGUCUGAAAACAUUGCUUUGGAAUCCCGGAUCCGUGACGAGAUCACCAAGGAGUUCUUCUCUGAAAUGCAGACCGAUUACAACGAGCGUCUGGCCAAAGAGAAGAAUGUCGAUGAGAGAGCAGAGAAGCGUCUAGAGAUCCUGAGAAAUCUUGUGAACAUUAACACCAGUCAAGAGGACUUGGACAGAGUAGAGCGAACCACAGAGGACAGCUCGCCAUUGGGACAAAUGUUUGACUCCAUGUGCAGUGACCUGGCGGGCAUAAAGAAGGCGGCUUUGGAGGCCAAGACGUGUCUGGUGGUCACCCAACCCAGUGGCGAAACCAUCUCCAAUCUGGGGAAGAGAGUGGAUGAUCUCUCGGCGCUGCUGAACCAAGCCCAGGAGCAGCUCACUGUCAAAACCAAUGAACUAGAACAUUGUUGCAAACAAGCGCGGCAAUCGAACGAACAGCUUGAAGAGGCUAGAAAGACUCUUGAGUCUCAGGAGCUGAAAUUCUCCUACUUCCUGGAGAUGUGUCACGAGAAGGAUGAGAUGAUCACCACGCUUCAGAACACCGUAGACCAACAGGUCCAAGCCACCAUCAAGAAUAAGGCUACAUUUGACGGCAUCAAAAAUGAGAUCCUGCAACUGAAGAGCAGCUGCUCUUGCUCCAGAGGGGAGAGGCCCAGCUCUCGCGCAGCGAGCCGCAAACGGCUGGUGGACCUCCAGGCCAACCUGGAGGACCAGCCCCCCAGCAAGAAAGGGUUCCUGGGGAAAGGAGAGGAGGAGAUGGACAGAUUGCACAGGGAGCUGUUGGAGGUACAAAAGGACAGUGGGCUUCUCCGAGACAAGCUGAUGGAACAGAAAAGAAAAUUCCCAAAGACCCUAGACGAGAGUGAGAAAAGGCCCCUGCAGAAAAUGGGGCUGGGAGAGAAACUGACCCAACAGCAGAUCUCAGAACAGCAGCUAGAGGUGCUAAAAGAAAAACUGGCCCCACAGGAACUGAACUUGGAGCAGCUCAGGGCAGAAAUGGAGGAGGCUAAAGCCAUGGCCCACAUCGACAGCGAGAACUCGAUAGCUGAGGUCGUGACCUUGAAGGGAAAGGUGGCUGCACUGGAGGAGAAGCAGUGCACCCACCAAACGGAGAGGGAGGCGGCCGUAACCGUGUCCCAGUCGUAUAACGACGAGCUCAUGUCCCAAAUGGAGAGAGUGGCAGAGUUGGAGAAGACGCUGUUUGAGAAGGAGGCACAGGUGUCAGGCCUGCAGAGGAGCCUGAGGGAGAUGCGGGAGGAUGAGGAGACCGCUACGGUGCGGGAGGCUCGUGAGAGGAGGCGGGAGUUGCUGGCUGUGGCUGAAGAGGCCAUUACUCAGAAGAACGCUGAGCUGGAGAGGAGAGUGCAGGUCAUCACCAGAUUGAAGGAGACGGCUAAACAUGACUCCGACAAAGUGAAGAGUUUGAGCCUGGACCUUGAGAGGAAAGACGAUGACGUUUCUGAUCUCAAAGAGAAGCUGUCCGACUCUAAAAAACAGAUACUGCAAGUUCAAAUAGAGAUCAUCUCCAUGCGAGAAGAGGCGAAAUCUCUCAAACUUAAACUGCAGGACUUGGAGAAAGUGAAGAAACGGCAGCAGGCAGACUUGGCUAAUAAAGACAGGACCAUACAGCAACUGAAAACGGAACAGUCUGCUGACGAGAACCUCAAGCUCAAUCCGAACGCCUGUAAAGACCUUCAGGCUAAGGAGCGUAUGAUGGAGGACAUGCGUCUGGCUCUGAUUGAACAGGAGGAUACCCAGACCCAACAGGAGCAGGUGUUAGAGGCCAAACUGGAUGAGAUUGACGCCCUCAUUGAAGAGGUGGAUAAACUGAAAGGACUGUUACGCUACCAAGACAGUGGGAAAGACACUGGAGCCCUGAGAGACAGCCAAUCGGACGAGGCCAAGCUAGCCAUACAGGAAGCAGUUCAGGCUCAAGUGACCUUGAAGCUGUGUACUGAGAAACACCAAGCUGACAAGAGGAAGUGGCUCGAAGAGAAGACUGUUCUGAUCCGGCUGGCCAAGGAGGCCGAGGAUAAGAGGAACCAGGAGAUGAGGAAGUUUGCAGACGGCCGCAAGCGUCACGCCAAGCAGCAAGCCCAAGUGGAAGGUCUGGUGGCCCAGCUCAGUGAGAAGGAGCAGGACCUCCUGAAGUGGAGGAAAGAGAGGGACUCCCUGGUGACAGCUCUGGAGGUCCAGCUAACCAAACUCCUCUCCAGCAACGCAGACAAGGAUGAACAGAUAGCCAGUCUCCGCUGCCACGCCUCCUCUCAGCCAGCAGACAAGGAUGAACAGAUAGGCAGUCUCCGCUGCCACGCCUCCUCUCAGCCAGCAGACAAGGAUGAACAGAUAGCCAGUCUCCGCUGCCACGCCUCCUCUCAGCCAGCAGACAAGGAUGAACAGAUAGCCAGUCUCCGCUGCCACGCCUCCUCUCAGCCAGCAGAGAGGGACCAUGGCCAGGUGGAGGUAGUGGAGCUGCAGGGCCUUCUGUCUGACAGAGACACUGAGAUUCUUAACCUGAAGGAACAACUGAAAACUGCAUUCAAAGCCAGCAGCGACGCCUCGGUCCCUACUAAACACAGAGAGACAGCCAAUCAGCUCUCACAGACUGAAGCAGAGGAGUGCCCUUCCAAAGUCCGUGAGAGGACUCUCCAUGACAACGGUCAACUAGUACGCGACGUAAAGACGUCGAGGAGGACCAGUCAGGGGUCUGGGGGCUACCCGUCGGUGCUAGACUCCUCAGAGAUCAUAACGGAGGGAGGCAGGACCAGCCGCUUCCCCAAGCCUGAGCUCGAGAUCUCCUUCAGUCCGCUGCAGCCCAACAGGAUGGCCCUGAAACGCCAGGGAGAGGACGUGAUCAACGUCAAAAUCACCCGCAAGAGGAAGAGCUCUGAGAUCGACAAGAAGAGCGGAUGGCGCAGUCCAGCUAAAAGGAGAGCAACGCAUGAGCUCCCGUCUCAGGAUGAGGUGCACAAGGAGAACCAUAGAAACCCCAGAACCAGACUGGCUCCUAAACUGGCUGUGCAUCAAGAGGUGCCAUCUCCGGCCUGGGGCAGUAAAUACCCGGGAUCCAUAAGGCCCCACGACUCCCAGUCCAGCUUGCAUAGCAGGAAAGAUGGAACGAUGCAGAAGAUCGGAGUCUUCGGUAGCAAAGCUAAAAAGAUAAUGGGAUUGGUGAGCGGGAAAUCCCCAGAGACGGAGUCGUCCAUGAGCUUUAGACCCAUGAAGUCCAAGUGGAAGCUAUACAGACCAGAGAUCUCUUCCGCCAUAGACUUCUCCUCCCACCCGAUCAUCAGUGGAGUUCCAGACGAGAAAGAGAGUGACCAUCUCAUCGUCAAGAGAGAACUCCGGACUGAAGUCAAAGACGCUGCUCUUUAAUGGUACAGGGAAAUGAAUGAAUAGAUUUUUUUUAUUUUAAUGAAGGACAUCUUGAAGUUUACUUUAUUGUUAUGGCUGUUUUUCUUUCCAGAAGACGUGUAUUUUCUGAUGUCACUUCCUCUUCCGCUUCCUGUUUUCUUUCAUAUAGUCUUCAUUGAUCACUUCAUUCUAUUGUAUUUCUACGUCUUUAACGUCGCACACAUUAUGAUUAUUUCUCUCCAUUCUGUGCUAUGUAUAAUAUGAUUUAACAGAAUAUAAUCAAGUAUUUUUAUUCUCAGUCCAGAACAUCAUCGUGGUAAUGCAGUAAUCUGAAGAUUUAGUAUAGUACUUUAUAAAAACUCAGUAUAGUACUUUACUGUGAUCAUCUCAGAUGUUCAUGUAAAAAACACAGAGUACUUUAUAAAAACACAGUAUAGUACUUUAUAAAAACACAGUAGAGUACUUUAUAAAAACACAGUAGAGUACUUUAUAAAAACACAGUAGAGUACUUUAUAAAAACACAGAGUACUUUAUAAAAACACAGUAGAGUACUUUAUAAAAACACAGAGUACUUUACUGUGAUCAUCUCAGAUGUUCAUGUAAAAACACAGUAUAGUACUUUAUAAAAACACAGUAGAGUACUUUAUAAAAACACAGUGUAGUACUUUAUAAAAACACAGUAUAGUACUUUACUGUGAUCAUCUCAGAUGUUCAUGUAAAAGCACAGUAUAGUACUUUAUAAAAACACAGUAUAGUACUUUAUAAAAACACAGUAUAGUACUUUAUAAAAACACAGUAUAGUACUUUAUAAAAACACAGUAGAGUACUUUAUAAAAACACAGAGUACUUUACUGUGAUCAUCUCAGAUGUUCAUGUAAAAGCACAGUAUAGUACUUUAUAAAAAAACAGUGUAGUACUUUAUAAAAACAGUGUAGUACUUUAUAAAAACACAGUAUAGUACUUUAUAAAAACACAGUAUAGUACUUUAUAAAAACACAGUAUAGUACUUUACUGUGAUCAUCUCAGAUGUUCAUGUGGAAAAAAAAAACAUCUGUAUGCUGAUGACACAAUUAUUCAUUUAUGUGUAUCUAAUAUUCAGAAGGCUUUUCAGGACUUACAGUACAGACUUACAGGCUUUUGAUGUUAUUCAAAGGCAGCUUUUCCAAUUGAAACUUAAUGCAAUUAAAAACAAAAAUGCAUGGUUUUCUCUUCCCUGAAAGUUAACAGAUUGAGUCACAUACAGAUUUUAUCUAUACAAUUCCAGCAAAUUGCUAGGUUCACCUCCUAUAAGUAUCUUGGGAUUUAGUACUUUAUUGUGAUCAUCUCAACAAUGUUCAUGUAAAAAACCACUAGUUUCAUUUUGUGGAGCAGAAUGAAUAUCUCACUAGGGACAACCACUACCAAGUUCUAUUUUGUUGUAAAUGUGUUGAUAAGGCAUGGUGCAACAUAGAUAUAGGGCCCUAUUCAAUCAGAUCUGCUAAUCAGCGUAGUAUCUGGGAUAAGACGAAACACCAUCGCAAACUGCUCUUUUGGUUUAACUCCGUAAACCUUUUUUAAAUUUACUAAAUGAAUCUAAAUGUCUUUCCCAGUCUCCUUUUCAAUACCACUGCUAACAUAUGGUUGGUUGAAUAAAACACUAUGAUUAUUUUAAUAGUUAAACACUACCAUUCCUUUGUAAUACUGUACUGCUAACAUAUACCAAAAUGGUUGAAUAUAUAACACUACUAUUCCUUUGUAAUACUGUACUGCUAACAUAUACCAAAAUGGUUGAAUAUAUAACACUACUAUUCCUUUGUAAUACUGUACUGCUAACAUAUACCAAAAUGGUUGAAUAUAAAACACUACUAUUCCUUUGUAAUACUGUACUGCUAACAUAUACCAAGAUGGUUGAAUAAACCUCUAUAACCUG